AUGUCUUCCGAUAGCAAAACAGAAAAAGCACCAGUCCAAGAGGGCUACUUCCCCACGUUUCUGGGUUUGAGAGGCCAAACGCUGCAGAACACGGUCAGUGUGAUGGCUUCUGUUGGAUUCUUGCUUUUUGGAUACGACCAAGGAGUUAUGGGCUCUCUUUUGACUCUGGAGUCAUUUAGAGACACUUUCCCUUCCAUUGACACCAUCAGACACGCGGACGCUGCCACUAUGCAGGGAUUCACGAUUGCUGUGUACGAGAUAGGGUGUUUGGCCGGUGCUCUUGCGACGCUUUAUUUCGGAGACAAGCUCGGCAGAUUGCGGUGUAUUUUCAUCGGCUGCGUCGUGAUGACUAUUGGAGCCAUCUUGCAGUGCACGGCCUUCAGUGUUGGCCAUCUUAUUGUUGGCAGAAUUGUCACCGGUCUCGGAAACGGAUUCAACACAAGUACAAUUCCCAUGUGGCAGGCCGAGUGCUCGAAGCCAAACAAAAGAGGAAAGCUCGUGAUGAUGUCAGGUGCGCUGAUCACGGGAGGCAUUGCUCUUUCGUACUGGGUCGAUUUCGGGUUCUACUUCACCAAGGGCUCUGUUGCAUGGCGGUUCCCUGUGGCUUUCCAGAUGAUCUUCCCAAUUAUCAUUCUUCCAUUCAUCAUGAAGCUACCAGAAUCGCCUAGAUGGCUCAUCAAAAAAGGUCACUACGAGAGAGCCCGGAUCGUGUUUGCAAGCUUGGACGGCGUGUCCACGGUGGACCCUGAAGUCGAGGACCAGAUCAGCGACGUGCGUGUCUCGCUGCUCGAGGAGAACCUCGAAGGCGGCAAUACGUUCACGGCCAGCAAGCUCUUCACCCAGGGCGAGCACAGAGACUUCCACAGAAUGUGUCUUGGUCUUUGGGCGCAGAUUUUCCAGCAGAUCACCGGUAUCAACUUGAUCACGUACUAUGCGGGUACGCUUUUCGAGAGCUACAUUGGCAUGACUGCAUUCAACUCACGUAUUCUGGCCGCUUGUAACGGAACAGAGUACUUUCUUGCCUCGUGGAUUCCGUUCUUUUUGAUUGAGAACGUUGGCAGACGGAAAUUGAUGAUGUUUGGUGCCGCAGGUCAGUCCAUCACCAUGGUCAUGCUGACGGUGACCAUGUACUUGUCGGGAGAAAAAGGUGACAGCCACGCGGCCAUAGCAGCGGCCGUGCUGCUGUUUGUGUUCAACACGUUCUUUGCCAUCGGCUGGCUUGGCAUGACGUGGCUAUAUCCGGCCGAAAUUCCGCCACUCAGUAUCCGGGCCCCAGCAAAUGCCGUCUCGACCGCCGGAAACUGGUCAUUCAACUUCAUGGUCGUGAUGAUCACGCCUAUUGCAUUCAAGAACAUCGACUACUACACCUACGCGAUCUUCGCCGUCAUUAACGCGCUGAUGGUGCCUAGCGUGUACUUCCUGUUCCCAGAGACUGCGGGCAGGUCGUUGGAGGACAUGGACCACAUCUUUUCGCAGUGCGACCCAUGGAAGCCAUGGGAAGUGGUUGGCAUUGCCAGAAGACACCCAAGAACGCACGGCGUGGGCGCGGACCUCCGGCUGGAGCACGGCAAGGUCAGCGCCGAAAACAUUGAAAACGCUACUGGAUCUACCUCGUGA